UCUCUGCUGUACUGUAAGCAGGGUGUUAGCGUUCGUAAAACCAAUGAUAAAAACUCACUGUAUUUGAGCCUUAAAGUGUCCUGAGAGUCCCCCGUACUGAAGGGUUUUCAACACUAGACAUAUUUUCUUGUAGGCAGAAGACCCCCAUUUUAUGUGGCCAUUGAACCACCAACAACAUGCACUCACGGAUCCGCAGAGGCAGUGGAUGUUACCGGGGGCUGAAGUAACAGGCUGCCACUGCUCGGGAAACACCGGGAGAAAGUUUUCUUGUGCCCGGUGAACUGUGACCGCUCUUCUUGGUGCACCGCCUCCUCUCGCUUUAUUUCUACGUGGGUGAGCAGUGUGUGUUUUUUGUGGCACCUCCUCCAUAGAUCUGGUUGCGCCAUGCAUUUCUCCUGGCUACUAUAGUAAGAGCAAGGUCUUUUUUCCCCACAGUCCCCACGGUUUGGACUGCUCUGUGCGUCAUGCCGCGACACCUGAAGCGCACACCGGCUCCCAAAGAGGAGCGAAAGGUUUCUUUGUAACUGGAUCUACUAUAUUUUUUUGGGAAGGUGAAGAGGGCAUGCUCUGGAGAACACUUGCAAAGAGGAGAAGAAAGUAGAAAGACGAGGUGAGCUGCGACAGAAGGAGAGGAGAGAUUAUUUUUUAGAGAGUAACACUAUAACUUGUAGAUGUUCGAUCAGACCACAACUAUGGGCGAUGGGAACCACCGCUGUGGACCCAACCCGCUGGACCGGAUGGAGACGAAGUGCCGCGCCGAGAUAGGGAGCCGGUCUCCGGUUCAAAGCUCCACCGACACCCCUGGGACAUCAGCGUCCACCCCGACGUCCUCCAGCGAAGAUGGGCACGACAAACUUUUGGGAGUGGACCCUGACUACUGUCGGAGGAUAUUAGUAAGAGACGCCAAAGGCACCAUCCGGGAGAUCGUCCUGCCGAAGGGCCUCGACCUCGACCGUCCCAAACGGACUCGGACCUCCUUCACCGCGGAGCAGCUGUACCGGCUGGAGCUCGAGUUCCAGCGCUGCCAGUACGUGGUGGGCCGCGAGCGCACUGAGCUGGCGAGGCAACUCAAUCUCUCCGAAACACAGGUCAAGGUGUGGUUCCAAAACCGCCGGACCAAACAGAAGAAGGACACCACCAAGGACUCGGACAAACGCUCCUCCUCCUCAAACGAGUCCUUGGCCACCUGCAACAUCCUGCGCCUCCUGGAGCAGGGUCGCCUGCUUUCGGGCCCCGUCCCGCCACAUAACUCCCUCCUGGGGCCGCCACAUCCGUCCAACGGCUCCCUGCUGAGCAGCCCGGGCGGAGGCUCCUCCACAUCUCCGGGGAUCAGCACUCCUCCCACCUCCCUAGCAGGGGGUACUUUCGGGCUGUCGCUUCCCUCGCUGGGCGGCACCCCACCUUCACCCCGCCUGGGCGUCCCAACCCAUCACUCCCUGUGCUUCUCCAUGCCGCUGCUGGGGGGCGCUCACCACGAACUCACAUCCGCCUACGGGUGCGGUUCUUCAGCUUUUGAGCCGUACAUGCGGCUGGACAGGAAGGAGGCGGAUCAUGGAGGGAAGAAGACAGUUUCUUAA